UUCUCCGGCUUCCCGACCCGACCGGCAACGUGAUCGUCCCCAUGCUAAUGAUCCAUCACAGUGAAGUGUGCCGACGCUGUUGAUUAAAAAUCGUCGAGGAAUUUUUAUGUGCCCCCCGACCCAUUUACAAAACGGAUUCACGCACUGUCAUUGCCGUUUUACGUAUGCACUGGGUGCUAGUGAUGGUUUAUUUUUUCUAGUUCUAGACGAUUAUGUGUCCCUUCUUUAAGGAUAUAAGCAUGUCAUCAAAAUCCGGCGACCACAUCCUAAUCUAGAUUAAAGAGACAAUAUUAAAGAAUCCUGCACCAUGCUUAGCAGUAGGAGCUUGUGGGAAUUCGCAGUCAUCCUGUUGUGUUCUUGCAGCUCGACAGUUUACGCAUCUGCAAGCAUCGUGGGCAUACCAACAUCGUCUGAGGGCAUUUCGAAGUCCCGCUUCGUAGAAGCCGGCAAACCAGCGGUGCAACGUCCCUACUUCGACGACAUCGGGCCCCGGAACGUCACCGCGGUGGUGGGCCAGUCGGCCCUGCUCAACUGUCGUGUCAAACACCCCGGAGACAGAACGGUAUCGUGGAUGCGUAAACGCGACCUACACAUCCUGACGUCCGGCAUCCACACUUACACCGGGGACCAGCGCUUCAGCGUCCGGCAUCCGGAGCACAGCGACGACUGGGACCUGCGGAUCGAGUACGUCCAGAAGCGGGACGGGGGCGUGUACGAGUGCCAGGUGAACACCGAGCCCAAGAUAAAUCUGGCCAUUAUGCUUAAUGUCGACGACUUGUCCUCCCUAGCCGCGACGCACCCCGGUCCCCGGCCCAAAGACGCCCAGGCUUCAAUAUCCGGUCCGCCGGAAGUGUACGUGAAGAAGGGCAGCACGAUAUCGCUCACGUGCACCGUGAACGUCCACUCGACUCCGCCGUCGUCGGUGCUAUGGUAUCACGGUCAUUCGGUGGUGGACUUCGACUCGCCGAGGGGUGGCAUCAGCUUGGAGACGGAGAAGACUGAGGCGGGCACCACCAGCAAAUUGCUGGUCACCAAGGCACUGCUAUCUGACACCGGAAAUUACACUUGCAUGCCGUCCAACGCUAGCCCGGCCUCGACAGUUGUUCACGUUCUUAAUGGGGAACAUCCUGCGGCAAUGCAGACCAGCAGAGCAGGAAUACCUCAACAGUUAGCGUUGCUCGCCACGCUCUCCCUAUUGGUCACCACGACGGUCAGAUGAUUACACAUGCCCCUAUAAAUAUCAGUCAAAGAUAUGCUCAUAUAAAUAAUAGUGAAACUAAAAUGACUUGCGUGUAUAUAAAUCUCAUUGAACGAACGAGAAAAUUUGUGCUGUAUUGGCUAUGUGUUUCCUCCCCUGUACUGUACGACGUGAAUCUGCUCGUUUCAUUUUUUGGUGCUAAACUGUUUCCAGUGUUAUGGUUGUGAGUGGUGGGACACUUGAUUGAGAACGUCCAGAAAGUGUAUAUAGUGUAAUCUGUUUUAUAUUCACUAGUCAGCACUAAAUAGGAUAAUAUAGGGUCAUUCAUUGUAAUAAUUAUAUACAUGUUGAUAUUAUGUAGAUAUAUUGUUAAAAUUUUAACACAUUUUAUUCUGUUACUCUUAAAUCUAUACGUUUUGUUCAACAAACAACUCUUCUUUAUGUCAUGACGCACGCUUAAACUCCAAAAGUGGACCAAACUUUCGUUUAAAUGAAUUUUACUGGUUACAAUGGCUUUCAACAAACUAAUCCGUAACUAUAAUAGUUCAUAACGUGUGCACACCACACGAAAUAAAAGUACACCGAAUAAAUUAAAUUUAACUUGUACGUUAAACAACACCAUAAUAUAAUUAAUUUAUCAUAAAACAUGUUAAUGUUAGAAGCAAUGAUGUUUGCGUUCCUUUUGUGUAACAAAAUAUAGCCUCACGUAUCCCCAAUUACAAAAUUUUGAUCAAACAACAACAUCCACGUUUAUGAACCUAGUUAUCCAGCUUCAUGUUUAUUUAUGCAUUAUGUAUUACAUUCACUGUAAUAAUAAUCCACUUUAAAUUCUUUUUAAGCCCUUUAAUCAUUCUAGCCAAGACUCUUUGAGUUGCAAACGCUAAUUUAUUCUGAAGUAACAUUGUUACGCUAUUAUAGAUAAUUAAAUUACUUAGUUUAAUAUUUAUUACAUUAAUAAUUUAACAUAUUUUAUUUCCCUUUAAAAUAAUAUGCUCAUGAUAUAAAGAGGAAUAUGUUUGCAUGAUUUCAAAAAACUAUAAAUCAAUCCUUGGCAAUAUAUGAUCUAAAACUUUAAGUAUUUUUCGAUUUAUUAAUAUUUUUAUAAAAAUGGUCUUACCGUGUAAAAUCUAAUCUUGUAAUUAUCAUAUUGUACAUAUUAA